AUGCCCUCCGAAAUGACGAACACCGAGCUUGUCAACUACAUCCUCGAUUACCUUGAGCCCGUGAUGAGGGUGGAUCUAGAGAAUAGACAAGAUGCGCCCGAGUACAUGAAUCUGCUCGAAUCGGCCGUUUGCAAGCACGUCCAACGCUUGUACGACAUGGUUCAGAAGCCCGAAGGAGCAGAACUCGGCCGAGUGGAGGAUGAAAUCCAGAAACUCAAACGUGUGCUCGCAUCUAAUAACGCGAAAGGCGUCCCUCUCGUCACGAGACCCAAGAAACUCGACAAGUUCUGGAUGGCGUACAUGAAAUGGAUGGACAGAAGAAUCAUGUUCGUAAUGUCGAUGAAAUCGAUAUCUGACGAGGUGAACGAGUUCAUGAAGACCGAAUCGGCUGCAAGGAAAUCUCUGGAACCAUUGAAAGAGUUCCUCGAAAACCCGAAUUAUCAUUGGAACGACUCCAUGCUCCACGCCAGACCGCACCCGGUCUUCCAGUGUCCCGGCCGACUCCCGGUCCAGGACGAAAUUCUGCUCGACCAAGUUGCUCUGGUUUUCAUCCAAGGAAGCGCCGCAUUCGAAUUCGAUCACUUUCUCGGCUCGUUCACCCCGUACCUUACAUCCCUUGUGAAGAUAGGAAGACACUACGCACAGCUAUUGCAGACCAGUUUGAGAGGUGAGCGAGAGACGAUCUGCCGGUUGACUAAUAAUAAUAAUAACUCUUGUUUUCAGAACUCAAUCACAAGGAUGCGUUGGCGUUGAUGACGAGCAUCAUGUCGGAGGCCGAGGCUUAUUCGUUCAAAAAGCACGAGCCGGAUUCAGAUUCCCAUGAGUUUCAACGAGUUUGCAAAGAAAACGAAGCGCUCCGAUCGUGUCUCACCAUUUUCACUGCCGACAGUGAUUGCAAAAUCGAACAACUCCGCUCGGAAAUCUGCGUUUUGCGAUCCGAAAACGACCGAAUGCGGAAGGUGUGUGCUCAGAAGGUGGUUCCGAUUCGAACGGAAAUCGCCGGCGGAUGGCGAAUGGUCUCUUCGUCGAAUCUCGAUGAAUUUCUGGAAAAGUUCCGACUCAACGCUCUGCACGAGAUCCUUUUCCUAUUGGGUCGACCGCACUUUGCGUUCGACGACGACAAAGUGGUCAUGUACGAAGACCUGGCCGGAGUCAAGUUCCAGGAGAGGGCCGGGACGCUCGGAACGGAGAUUCCAAUCGAUAACGGUCAUUGCAUGGCCGUGAUCGAGGACAAUCAGCUCAAGUGUCGGGCCGUGGACUACGAGGGCCAGGAGGUGGCCUCGGAGAUUCACUUCAUCCAGGAUGGACAGCUUCAUGUUCACUACGUGUGGCGGGAUAUGUGCUGCACGCGAGUCUACGAGAAGAUUGAAGACGGAGAAGAAGUCGAGGAGGCUCCGUCAAAGUCCGUGCUCUCGCUCAUCGAGGGCGAAUGGAAGCCCGUUUCGUCGAAGAACACGGCCGACUACAUAAAGAACUUUGUUCACGGCAUUUUCGAGCGUCUGGAGUUUAAGCACGCGAUCAUGUGCUUCCAAGUUCAGAAUUCCACGAUCACCGAGUUUUCUCGCUUGUACGACGAGGAAUCUGAGAAUAAGCACCGGAAGCUGAACGUCUGGAAGCCCGACGGAACCGGAAAGAGUGAGAUCACCGUUGUGCUCGACGACAAGAUCGUCACGGCAGAAAUCGACUUGCACACCAGUUCGCAGGUCCGGCAAACGAAAAUGUUCAUCAAGGACGGCUGCCUGACUAUUGCCAAUCUGCGCGACGGCGUCUUUUGUGAGCGUGUCUACGAGAAGAUCUCCAACUGA